CGAAUACUUUUUACUUGGACGCUUUUUAAUGUAUUAUAUAUCCAUUAAAGUCCUUUAAUUGAGCAAAUUAGCGUAAAAAUGUUUCAGUAUCCAUGUGUUAUUUUACGUAAUAUUUUUCUUGUAUCCACCCCGAAUGCAGCAGAAGAAAAUGGCUGCGCCCUGUGGAAGGAUGGCGACCAGGUCCUUCUCUCACUUUCUGUCCCUUAUUAGCCGCACAGCCACCAGUAACGCGGCAUGUCGACAUUUUUCCGUCGCUUCGGUUUGUCGGGCGACGCUUCAGUCUAAAAUUGCACCGGAAACAGGGAGUUCUCCGUGGACUCUAAUGGCAGCGGUGUGCUUGCAAAGGCUCCCGGUGGUUUCUGCAGACUGUGACCCGAUCGAGGAACGCUUCAAACAGAUGAUGCUAGAGAUGGAGCUGGAGAAGAGCCUGCUGUCGGACCACGAGCUGCGGCUGCUGGAAGACGCGGACAGAAUCCGCCGGAAGCAGAGAGAUGACUAUGACUCUGAUGAAGAGGACAGCCGUGGCGACCAGGAGAUCAUGUUAGCACAAGACUUGGAAGAUAACUGGGAGCAGAAGCUGAAGAGUUUCCAGCCGGCACCGAGGGUCCAACCCGAAGUAGAUAAGGACUUGACCUCGGUGAAGCGCUGCCUGGCCGACUCUCUGGUUCUUUUGGCGGAGCAGCGUGUGGGCGACGAGAAGCUGUGGCUGCUGCCUCAGGCUCAGUGGCAGGAGGGCGAAACGCUGCGGCAGACUGCUGAGAGAGCGCUCGCCUCCCUGCCAGUGGCGGGUUUUAAGGCGACUUUCCUUGGCAACGCCCCCUGCGGCGUGUACAAGUACAAGCUCCCCAAGGCCGCCAGGACGGAGAGCUCGAUCGGGAGGAAAGUGUUCUUCUUCAAAGCUGUUCUGACAGACGACGGCGAACCCAAAGCUCCAGCAGGACCUUUCCUGUGGCUGAAGAAAAGCGAACUGCAGCCAUACCUGAAACCCGUAUACAGGAUGAAGGUUGAGCGCUUCAUCCUCAGCCUCUGACGUUUUAACUCGUACAGACAUACAGACUCUGAGAACAGUGUUCGUGUUGCUCCUCUGUCAUUGCUGAAUGUGCACUUGUUAAAUAAAAGAUGCAUGUUUUAUUAAAUAAAGACAUGGUGGAGCAGACCCUGAAAGUUAACCCUUAUGUGAUAUGACACUUGGGAGUCUGACUCAGAAUGGUUCUCCACCUUAAGAAAAACUCCUCUGAUAUGAAACGCUUAAAUCUUUAGGAAGGUGUCCCCCCCCCAAAAAAAGAUGUUGGUCCAGAGCAACCCCCAACACUGGCAGGCGGAACGUGAAGCCAACCCGGAAGUAACAAAACGUACCGGCACUGACCAGAGAGGCUGGUGCUUAGAGUGAGCAAAUUCCCAUAGACCCCCAUGUUAAAAUCCUCAUUUUCAGCCCUCUAGUAAACCCCUUUAAUGCCUGGUGCUUAAAGUUUUUAUUUCAUCAAUAGCUGCAUAUUUGAUCGAUGACAAAUCUGAGGGGAGUGAAUUUUUUUCUAAGUUUGUAAUUUUUUUUUUAAACAGCAUUUAUUUUUGCUUAAUGAGGGGGUGCGGCCUUUGACAGGUGACGACCGCGUUGGAUUCUGGGAGCAGUGCUACGGUGUUUUAGCGCUGUCUGCUGCAGAUUUAGCGUUAGCAUGAGCGCUAUAUUUCAGUUUUUGUCCUGCUGCCGUGCUGUAAACUGUUCUAACACGCUCUCUGGGAGUCAUCUGGUGUCUUUUCUUCGGUAAGUACUAAAAGAAUAACUUUAUAUUUGCCGGAAAUAAAUCAUUAAUGUAUAUUAUGAUUAUUUAUUUUAGUUCCAGUAAUUCGAUUUUUUGUAUCUGUUUAUCUUGUAUGUUCCUCUCAGGUCUGCUUCUGGUGGUGAGUGGAUUUAUAAUCCAAAACAGCAUUUACAUUUUAAGGCAGUAAAAUUUUAAUUUUAACUGCUCUGUAUUUACUACUCUACUAGACCGCACCGAACCGCUCAAUAGAAACGAGACUUAGCUUAGCUAGCUAGCGAGAUUUCGUCACGUUUCCCAGCAUGCACUGCGGCUCAAAAUGUAUAUUUUUAAAAGAAAAAAAUCAUUAAAAAUCAUUUUUGUUUUCAACCUAUUUUAUUUAAAACCAACGAACAUAUAGUGUGUAAUUCAAAUUUGCCAAAAAAAAAAAAACACUGGAGUUAAAACCAUUAGUUUGCACGUGUGGGUAACGAAGGGGUAUAAAUAGCAAUCGGCGACAAUCGUCUAUUGGUUUAAGCUUGGAAGUGUGCUCACGUGCUGGAAGGCACCUCGAGCUGCUCCUUGCACCCUGGGGGUUAACCCGGGGACCCGCCAGGGCGCUAGGAGCAGCUCGAGCGGGGGACUGGUGAAGGCGGGCGGUAGAAAGCGAUUACCGUAAAAUACAAGGGCACCCAACUACAUGUCUCAGGCGCUACCAGUGAGUACUCAGCACAGUACAAGCUGGUAGCGAAUACUGGACUGUAGAGCUUACUCAAUGAGUACCCUGCCAGUUCCCCUCCCAGGUUUGAACCCGCCAGACGCUUGGCCAGCGUCUGGUGUAUUUUU